AUGAAUUACUUUAGUAUUAAGUUGAAUGACGUUCUAUAUAGUAUUUAUUAUAACUAUAUCACGUUAUUGACCAAUUCAGACAAGAAUUUUGAUUUUCAGUGUAAUCGUUUAUUGAGAUGGUGUCCAUCCCCAGACUGUAGUAAUGCAAUCAAGGUCCAGCAUGUUGAGGCACUCAGAGUAACCUGCAAGUGUAAUCACACAUUUUGUUUUGCCUGUGGAGAAAAUUGGCACGAUCCAGUAAAGUGUCAUUUGUUGAAAAAAUGGAUAAAAAAGUGUGAUGACGACUCCGAGACGAGCAACUGGAUUGCCGCUAAUACCAAAGAAUGCCCUAGGUGUAAUGUAACUAUAGAAAAAGAUGGAGGUUGCAAUCAUAUGGUGUGUAAAAAUCAAAACUGUAAAGCUGAUUUUUGUUGGGUAUGCUUAGGUCCAUGGGAACCACAUGGCAGUUCCUGGUAUAAUUGUAAUAGAUAUGACGAAGAUGAAGCUAAAGCAGCUCGUGAUGCACAAGAAAGAUCGCGGUCUGCUUUACAACGUUAUUUAUUUUAUUGUAAUAGAUAUAUGAAUCAUAUGGCUUCUCUAAAAUUUGAAAACAAGUUGUAUGCAUCAGUUAAAGAAAAAAUGGAAGAAAUGCAACAGCAUAAUAUGAGUUGGAUUGAGGUGCAGUUUUUGAAAAAAGCCGUUGAUAUACUUUGUCAGUGUAGACAAACUUUAAUGUUCACUUAUGUAUUUGCCUACUACUUGCAAAAAAAUAAUCAGUCUGUGAUUUUUGAAGAAAACCAGAAAGACCUAGAGGGUGCUACUGAAACUUUGUCGGAGUACUUGGAGAGGGAUAUUACGUCUGAAAACCUUGCUGAUAUUAAACAAAAAGUACAAGAUAAGUACAGCUGGAUGGGGCGCCCCCACUACACCGAUGAUGUACAAACCUACCUGAAUAAUGUUUUCCGAGGUAUGUGGAUAGGAAGAAGAGGACCGAUCGAUUGGCCACCAAGGUCUCCGGACUUGGCCCCGUUAGACUUAUUUAUGGGGAUACUUAUAGAGCAAAGUUUACCAAAAUCAUCAUUGCUGACGGGCAUCAAUUUGAACAUUUAUUAUAAUUUCAUUGUAUUUUAAUGAAUAAAAGUUUUGGUUCACCCUGUAUAAAUAAAUAUUGGAAUAAUUAUACCGAAUAAACGAUUAGUAGACAUUUUGAAAGAGGUGCCACAUGACCCUGUUUGCAUUUCAAAAAAAUUUUCGAUUACUUACGUCAUCACGCCAACAACGGUGACGAAACGUCUCUCAUGUGUAUAUUAUAAGAUGGGCCGUCAAAAAUUACAGUCGACGUGUUUUUGGAUUUCUUCCAAAAGACGCCUAUUUUUUAAAUAUCGAAUUUUUUCUAUACAUUUGCAUCAUACCAUGUAUUUCCUAUAUUUAACACUUCUAUCCAAAAAUUGUAUACUGUGACCUGUAAUUGGGUCUAGUGCCUGUUUGGCACUAUAUCCAAUUACAGGACACAGUGAGUGCUUGUGAUAAAAGCAUUAUCAUUAGCAUAAAUGUGAACUUCAUUUGUGUAUGAGUAAAUCUUGUUUAUAUCAUUGAUGAAUAUAAUAAACAGUAUUGGACCAAGUAUACUAACCCUGUGGAACUCCCAAUGAUGUAUCCAAGGCCUCCAAUCGUACUAUUUUUUCAUUCUGUGAUCAACUUUUUACUCUCUGUACUCUAAAAUGCGGAAAGUCACUUAUACGAAUUACCAUGAAUUCCAUUUUUAUAAAGGUUUCUUUAUUCAUAUAAUUUAGAGAAGCAAAAAUUGAUAUGGUAGUUGAGAAUUGGAUUGAAAUUUGGAAAAGUUGCAUUGAUUUUUCUGCCUUGUAUACAUCUGAACAAUAUCAGUUUUGAGUUUCAGGCAAAGCUAUUUUAUUGAAUUGGGAUCAUAAACUCCUCUCUCCGUUUUCUAUAAAUUUGGGAUUCAAUUGGGUCACUUUCCUUAUUAAUGAUACUUGUGAGAAAUACAUGUUUCAAUGAA